AUGUCAAUUCGUUGUACUUAAGCUGAUCAUCAAAAUCAGUAAAUAAUAGGGAUUUGUAUUGAAAGCAACUGCCAAUAUCAAAGGCCUUAUUGUCAUUACUGUUUGCCAAAUCAUAGUUUACACCUUAACUAGUUAAUACCUUUGGAAAACUUAAAUGAAUGGAUUUAACGACGGAUGGCAAUUAUUAACGAAGUAUAAAAAAAUGCUUAAGAGUGCAAAUCAAUCCUUGAUAGUCUUAUUAAUAUAUUUAUUCCUUACCUCAACAUAAAUGUAGAAUAAUUAGGAAUCUCUUAAAUUGACAAUAUAAUUAAAGGUUUUUGUAAAAUAGAAGUUUGUGAAUAAUAAUUAUUUAACCAACUCAAAUAAUCUCUCCAAUAAGUUCAAUAAAUUAUAGAUGAAAUAUUAAAAAAAACAAAGAGUUAAACAAAUUAUAAAUAGAAAGUUGAUAUAUAAGUUCAAUAAACUUAAAAUAUGAAACCAUUGAUUUAAGAAUAAACCAACCAGAUAAGCAUUUUUAAACAAAAUUUGAAGCCAUUUAUCUUUGACCUCAUUGAAUAAAAUACAAUUAAAUAAGAUUAAUUGUGUAGAGCAAUAGCUAUUAAUAAAGAUUGUUCAAUAUUAGUUGCUGGAUGUGACAAUUAAAUUAAAGUAUUUGAAUUUAAGUAAGGAAUGUUGAAAUAACUUUAACUUUUAGGUGAACAUAAAGAUUGUGUGAAUACUUUAAAUUUCAUGAACAGAUCGAAUCAUUUUCUAUCUGGUAGUGAGGAUAAUUUGAUUAUAAUAUGGGCAAGAAAUCAAAAUAAUUCAUGGAUUUGUUAAUAGAAAUUGAAUGGACAUACAAAUUCUAUCUUUUGUUUAGUAUUAAAUAAUAAUGAUGAUAUUAUUAUAUCUGGAAGUAGAGAUGAUAAAAUUAAAUUCUGGAUUAAAUAGAAUGAAUGGUAGUGUUCAUAGACAAUUACUGAUCAUACUAAUAGUGUAUAUGGACUCAGUUUAAAUGAAUAAUAAAAUAGAGUGAUAUCUUGUGGAGAAGAUAAACUUAUAUUAGUAAUCGAACAAUCUUAAUAGAAUAAAAAAUGGAUUCUAAUAUAAAAGAUUUAGGUGGAAAUAGAAGGAGUUCGAUUAUGUUUUAUUGAUAAUAAUAUAUUCACAUUCUAACCUUGGCAAUAAGUGUAUAUGAUUGUUUAUGAAAUGAAUAAUACUAAUAAAUUGUAUAUUAAGACAAAGAAUAUUCAAUUAAAAGAUGGUAGUGAUUAUACAUUCUUUCCUUAAUAAUAUAUAAAAUAAAAAUGUAUCCUUGUGAAUAAGAAUGGUUCAAAUGUAAAUUUAAUAAGGAAAAAAUAAAAUGGUGAAUUUAUAAUUGAGUAAUCAAUUCUAUUUGAAACUUAAUAUAUUUAUGGAUGUAUGACUGAUGAUGGAUAGUAUUUAAUUACUUGGGAUUCUAAAUCUGAAGAAUUUAAAAUCAGAAAAUAUAUUGAAACAUGA